GCCGAUGUUGAUCAGUGACUCAUCCAAACAGAUUUUGGAUCAGCAGAAGGGGCGGACCAGAACCAGAACCAGUUUCAGGGGAAAAGACAGUAAAGCUUUAAUUCUGUCCAGGACCUCCAGGAUGAAGAAAACAUUCAGGCUUCUGGUGGUUUUGGUUCCACUGCUGGUUUCUGUGGAGCGCUCAGAGAGUGUGCGGUGUUUCGGUGUUUUUGACCUGACCACUGGUGAGUGUAGUGAAGAUUUGGGCGAAGUGGACCAUGAUGAUUGCUGUCAGAACUCCCAAUACGGCUACAAAGCAGAAGGCGGAUCAUGUCGCUCCUGUGGUCCAGCCACAUGGUCUCCCUGGACGUCUUGGUCAUUCUGCAAUGUUCUGUGUGGAGAGGGCGUGAGACAGAGAAGCAGGAAGUGUCAUGGCAUUGGAGAACCAGAGUGUGACAACCCUCAGGACACACUGCAGACAGAAGUGUGCAGCGGCAGCUGCUGCAACGAUAAGGGCUGGGGCUUGUGGACCCCCUGGACUCCAUGCUCAGUCACCUGUGGAGGAACAGGAACCCGAACAAGAAAGAGAGUCUGCUCCAGUCCUCCUGAAUGUCGCUUGGCAUGCACUGGCCCUGAAGAAGAGAAAGAGUCAUGUGAGGCCAGCAACAAGUGUCCAGUCCAUGGAAGUUGGUCGAGUUGGGGAGCUUGGUCACAGUGCUCUGGCUCAUGUAUCACUGACCAAAACAUGCCCACCAGAGAACGACGGCGCACCUGCUCCAACCCAGCCCCCUCUACUGACACGGUACCACCAGGCAACAACUGUCCCGGCGAUGCUGUUGAGACGCAGGACUGCAGUGAGAUCCCUAAUUGUCCAGUGGAUGGCAACUGGGGGUCCUGGUUUCCACCUGUCCCGUGCUCUGUCUCUUGUGGAGAGGGUCUGCAGCUGUCAUUGAGGCGGUGUGACAACCCAAGCCCUAAAUAUGGUGGCAAAUAUUGUGAGGGGCCAAGCACCCGGAGCAGUGUCUGCAAUAGUCCCUGUCCUGUCCAUGGAGUCUGGUCUGGUUGGUCAAUCUGGGGUAAAUGUUCAUCUUCCUGUAUCCCACCUGACAGAGCUUCAUUGAGGACUCGCCAUCGAUCUUGUUCUAACCCCGCCCCAUCGUUAAACCCACCUGGUAAUGGAUGCCAGGGUGACAACUCCCAAACAGAACCUUGCAACCACCUACCUCGUUGCCAAGUGCAUGGCAACUGGGGUCCCUGGUCAGCCUUCACUCCAUGCCCUGUUACAUGUGGUGUGGCUCUUCAGGUCUCGGAGAGGAGAUGCAACAACCCUGCUCCCAAUCAUGGUGGCCGUCCAUGUCCUGGAAUCAAUAAGCGAACCAAACUUUGCUCAACACAAGUCCACUGCCCAGUGGAUGGCGUGUGGGCCGAGUGGUCCGCCUGGAGUGACUGUAUGUCUGCAUGGGGAAAAGAAAGAGACAUCCGGUGCAAGAAAGAAGGUGGCAAGCAGACUCGAAACCGCAGGUGCCUACAUCGAGCUCACAACGGCUCCAUCUGCACCGACGGAAAGUUGACAGACAUUCAGGUCUGCUACAACGUCCAAAGCUGCUUCGUAAAAGGAACCUGGGAGGGCUGGGAGCCUUGGAGUUUAUGUAAGCCGGCCUGCGGACCCUCGUCUAAACGUACGAGGUUAAGAAUCUGUAAACCUGACUACACCGGGUACAGUGAAACAAUUGGUAAUCAGAAUGGAAUAGCACAUUUCCAUGGAAAGCCAAGGGCCCUCUGUGUGCUUCUUGACGGAGAGAAGAAGGAUGAAAGUCAAGACUGCCUUCAUGUCCCUCCAUGCUCCUAACAACGCCUUAGCCGUCAACUUCAAUAAUGUCAAAGCUUGCUUUAUUGGUGACAUAUCUGCAGAAACUGCAUUUUAAAAUUUGUUGUUUUCUACUAAAACUUUUUACUCCGCAAGAUGGGUAAAUUUGUUGCCUCGCUUUUUGUGAUUUUUAUCUUUACACACCCAAAUCAGAUUCUGUAUUAUUGUAAUAGCUUUAAAAGAAUUAGAAUAAAAAGGAAAUGAGUAUGAAUUUGACUGUAAAACAUGCUGUUUCUUCUGCUUCUGAAAUAGUAAUUCUGCUUUUUCUUUCACAGUUUCUUAAAGUUUUGGGUCAAAGUCCUCAGUUGUUUGUGGCCCUACAUACUAUGAUAUUCUAAUGAAAACAAAACAAAAUAAACAAACCUGGCUAAUAAAAAGGAAAAAACAUUCAUUUAA